AUGGUGGGUGCUUUGUUUGUCGUUGGCUCAUCGGUGAUGGAUUCGCAGAGCGGUCCGUGUCUAUGUCUGGAUGCUCACACGAGGAGCUCUCCGAACAAGAAGAAGAUCCUUGACGGCAGUGCAAGAAAGCUGGAAUUAGGAAGCUCCUUUACUGGUUCUGGCAUUGUUUUAAGGCUUUCUUCGAAGCGCGUACCGAGAAUUGCGAUUCGAAGAAGCAAAAGAAAGCUCUUGAUUGUGAGUGAGGACGUUGCUGGGAAUUACGACGAUACCUUCGGAGAUGUCCAAAAGCAAAUUGUUAAUUACUUCACAUACAAAGCUGUGAGGACGGUUCUUCAUCAGCUCUACGAAAUGAAUCCUCCCCAUUACAAAUGGUUCUACAAUCACAUCAUAUCAAACAGACCAACCGAAGGCAAACGUUUCCUCCGCAUCCUCGGCAAGGAGAGUCAAGAGCUUGCAGAGAGAGUGAUGAUCACGCGUCUCCACUUGUAUGGCAAGUGGAUCAAGAAAUGCGACCAUGGAAAGAUAUACCAAGAUAUAUCGGAUGAGAACUUGAUGUUGAUGCGUGAACGCCUCAUGGAGACCGUGAUUUGGCCUUCCGAUGACUCAAACUCCGAGGUGAUUGGCUGA